AUGCAGAUCACGCAUAUCCUUUCUAUCGCCCUUGCGGCUAUGCUUUCCACCCCCGUCCUAGCCUGCAAAUGCCAGGUGGGCGGUUCUGAGGAUGUUGCCCGCACCCAGGAUUGCUGCGGCCGGCUCAACGGAGUUUUCCGGUACGGCAACGACUGCGAGGCUUCCUCCAUCUCGCAGCACCUUUCCAACUUCCGCAGCUGCUGCGGUGGCCAAUCCGACUGCGACUAUUAA